AAUUUUUACUUUCCAAUAAACUACUUUGAGAGGAGAGAUAAUCGAUUUCCGAAGACUAGAAACAAAACUUAUACUUUCAUGAAAGUGUAUUAUUCAAUUUUAAGGGAAAAAAUAUCAUCAAUAAACAGUUGCAGUGAAUAAAUAACAAUUGUUCAUGCAUGAUGAUAAGUAUAACCCUUUUUAACUAGAGUCCUUCGAGCUGCGAAGAAAUUCCAAUUCUUUACCACAAGCUGUCUCAAUGAAAAAUGAUGUUUGCAAGUGGACCAGAACGAUAAAACUUUCUUAAAGAAACUCUAUUUCCUGAAACUUACGAAUAAAUACAAUAUAUCAUUUGCGGCACAAUAACAGAAAUGUCACCAAGUUGUCAUUGACGUACGAUUCACUGGGUCACAUCUGAACGCAUGACUGUAGAAGUAACUACCAAGGAAAAAAAAACUAAUAAGAAAAUCCAAAGAAGCAAAUAAAAUAACGAAAAAUCACCCCAGCAAUGUAAAAAUUCACCGUCUUGACAUAUGAUACCCCAAAUAUGAUUGCUAUUAUUUUAGAGCCUCUAGCUCUGGCGGAUUCAUAUAUUUGACCAAUAUUUUUUCCAACAUUAGAGAAAAAAAAUUCUAUUUCUCCAUCUGAGCGUGAGGAAGAAAAGUGUAAUUUUUCCCUCCUCAAACUAUCUUCUAUUCUAGAAAAAAAUUGCCUGCCUUUUUUUAUCAGAUGCUACACGAUCUAAGUGGAUUUCAGUGUUUGUUUCGAAGUGUUUGUCAAAGUCACUUCUUUUUUUUUUAAACCGAGACAAAUAUUGGUUGGCAGAAACUUUUCAAAUAAAAUGAAUCUUCUGUGGAAUACUCUCUUCACGCUUCUGCUGGUUUUCGCAACAGUUUCAUGCGACAAACCUCACCACAGACCACCUGUUUUUACUUUUGAGCCUCCAAGCCUAUCAGUGUUUUCAAACUCUACAGGAUCAACGAUUCCUUGCAGCGCAGAUGGUAGACCGUCCCCUGUGAUACGUUGGGUUAAGCAUGAUGGUCAAGCUGCACCGGACCUUCCUGGACUGAGGCAUGUGAGGCAUGAUGGAGCUCUAGUAUUUCCACCAUUUCCUGCUGAAGAUUACAGAGCGGACGUGCAUGCAACCAUCUACAGAUGCGAGAUUUCGAACGUCAUUGGAACACUUGGCAGUAGAGAUGUACAUGUACGAGCAGUGGUGAAUCAGAAGUAUGAAAUACGUUUGUCUGACGAGUUUGUUCUACGCGGGAACAUGGCACUUCUGCGAUGUCCUAUCCCAAGUUUCGUGAGUGAUUACGUGAAAGUGACGUCUUGGGAAAGAAUAGAUGGCUUUCUCAUUACUCCAGGAAUCAUUAGUGGUAAAUAUGGGAUCUUGCAGAAUGGUGAUUUAUAUAUCAGAGAUACGACGGAACACGACAGCUCAUAUAGUUUUCGAUGCCACACUGAAAAUUCUGUUACAAGGGAGAAGAAAGUCAGCACUAAUUAUUCGAAGAUCAUUGUUACAGAACCACAUCACAAUCAGCCUCCAAGAAUAAUGCGACGUACUAGCAGAGUAUCUGUACCAGUAGGACAAAAGGCAACUUUGUCCUGCCUAGCUCAAGGUCAUCCAGUACCAACCUACAGGUGGCAUAAGGUUGCUGGAGAAUUAAGGUCCCUUCCGGAGCUAGGAUCUUCUGUUCGACAAGAAGGGGGAGUUUUGGUAUUUCACAAAGUUGUUUCUGCUGAUGGAGGCACCUAUAUUUGUGAAGUGAGCAAUAGUGUCGGACAAGACAAAGUUGAAGCAGAAUUAAUCGUGGAAGAGCCAAUCCGUGUCAGCGUCUUUCCAUCCGAACUUCAGCUAGACGUCGGGAAAACGGCCAACUUCAACUGCUCCAUACACGGCACUCCUGUCGGUUCGGUGACAUGGAAAAAGGAUAUGAGAUUGCUAUCUGCCAAUCAGAGAGCCGUGUUUCCAACUCCAACUUCUUUGCAAGUUAGGCAGGUGAAGAGGCAGGAUUCUGGGAUCUACCAAUGCUUUGUGAACAGGGAUGAAUUCUCUGCGCAAGCAAGUGCGCGAUUAAUCAUUGGCGAUUUGGCACCUAAAAUGAAAAUGACCUUCCCUGAGAAAAUCGUCCGCCCUGGGAGUUAUGUAUCUUUAGUCUGCGUUGCCUCCGGCAACCCAGCACCAGAGAUCAAGUGGUUUCUGGACGGCAUCUGGCCAGUGUCUACGCGGCCAGGUACCCUCGUCAGCACUUACCUGAGUAGCAAUGGAGAUGUCAUUAGUUAUUUGAAUUUCACUUCUGUGGAUGUGUCUGACAGUGGACUGUAUCAGUGCGAGGCGUUGAACGAGGCCGGGAGCAUCAAACACGCCAAGAGACUUAAUGUGUUUGGACAGCUUUUCAUCCGACCUCUGAAUAACUUGACAGCUCUGGCCGACUCCAGAUUCAGUGUCAGCUGCCCCUUUGGAGGAUUCCCCUUUGAUUCGAUAAGCUGGAAGAGAGAAGGACGACUUCUGCCUCUGAAUCAACGCCAGCGAGUAUACCCUAACGGAACUUUAGUGAUCGAAGGAGUUCAACCCAGAGUGGACGAUGGCCGGUACAGCUGUGAGGUUACAUCAAAUCAAGGGAUUCCCGUCUCUCGUUCGUUCCGGAUUCUCGUUCGAACUGGACCAAAGGUUGCCAGCUUUGCCUUCAAGGACAACUUGCAUGAGGGUAUGCUCACGGCAGUGACCUGCAUCGUAGAUUCUGGUGAUGGUCCGUUGACAACUCGUUGGCUUAAAGAUGGUCAAAUACUUUUGGAAGAGGAAUUGGACGCCACUGUUAUGUACGCGCAAGAAGGUCGAGUAUCCACCCUCACAAUAAAAGAAUUAGCUUAUAAGCAUAACGGAAAUUAUACAUGUGUUACAACAAAUGAUGUAGCAACAGGCUCAUUCAGUGCCAUUUUGACAGUUAAAGUUCCCCCUAGAUGGGUUUUGGAGCCUAGCGAUAUCAUAGCAAUUUCUGGAAGGCCUGCAAAAAUUAGCUGCCAAGCAGAUGGUGUUCCUCAUCCUCACAUUCGAUGGAAGAAAGCUACAGGACAUCCUCCGGAGCAGUUCAAGACGAUUGUGAGCAGCUCUCACGUCCACAUUUUGGUGAACGGAUCUCUAAAUUUCCCAAGUGUAGAGCCUUCAGAUGAAGGAUACUACCUCUGCGAGGCUAAUAACGGUGUUGGAAUGGGUCUAAGCACCGUUGUUAAACUUACGGUUCACAGUGCACCACAGUUUCACUUCAAAUUCAAAGUUCUUGGAGCUAGACGAGGAGAAAGAACUCUGAUUGAUUGUACUUCAUUUGGAAAUAAACCUAUGUCUUUCAUAUGGCGGAAACAAGGUAUUGUUAUAGAUCCUUCAAUUGAACCCAGGUACAAACUGGUGGAUGAAGAACUGGUCGACGGCGAUAGAACGACAUUGAUUAUCGAGAAAGCUGAGAGGAAGGACUCGGCCCUGUUCACAUGUACAGCCAUUAACGAUUAUGGCGAAGAUUCCAUGAACAUCCAAUUAACAGUACAAGAUAUCCCGGACGCUCCACAAAAUUUAGAAGUUCAUGACAUAUCCAGCCGCAAUGUUAGACUCACAUGGAAUAAGCCCUUUGAUGGGAACUCUCCAAUACUUCAGUAUACUGUGAUGUGGAGGCAAAUAAACGGUGAAGUUGUUGGAGGACCAAUCAGUGUCCCCGGUACAGAAACGACGCUGACCGUUCGAGGUCUCAGACCCAAGACCAGGUAUUUUUUUCGAGUGAAGUGCCAAAACUCUUUGGGGGAGAGCCAGUUUGGUGCUGAAGUUGCAGCUACCACACUGGAAGAGCCUCCAAGACAUGCUCCAGAAGAAGUAAGAGCCAUAACUUUAUCUUCAAGAGCAAUAAAUGUCACUUGGAAAGCUCCCAUUGAAGAUAGUGACGACAGCAUAGAAGGAUACUAUGUAGGGUACAAAUUAUAUGGCAGUUCAGAUACAUUUACCUUCAAGCCAGUGGAAUCGAUCAAAGGGAGAACGCAAUAUUUUAUAGUGACAAAUCUAAACAGAUUUACGGAAUACAGUGUUGUGGUGCAAGCCUUCAAUUCCAGAGGUGCGGGUCCACCAUCGGAGGAAGUUAUGGCACGGACUCUUGAAUUCGAUCCGCCUGGAAUUCCAGUAAUAAAAACGUACUAUGCUACUUCUACAGCCAUUAAAUUAUCUUGGGAACUGAGCGCGCUUCCUAGCGCCCCAAUAUCAGGUUACAUUUUGCAUUACAGAUUGGAGGAUCAUCACUGGCAAGAAACCCAUUUAAAUGGUGAUCAGAAUGUUUAUACUUUGAGAGAUCUGCAGUGUGGUUCAACUUAUUAUAUUUAUUUGGUCGCUUUCAAUUCUGUCAGUCAAGGAAAUAGCAGUGAAGUAAUAUCUGCUAAGACAAAUGGAAAUGCUCCUAUUGCUCCAGACAAGAGAAUGCUGCUCACCGUUAACAAAACGACUGUCACGGUCAACCUGAACAGCUGGCACAAUGGAGGUUGUCCUAUUUCCUUUUUCGUCAUCCAAUACAAACCGUCUGGUCAUCAUGAAUGGACGCUGGUGAGCAAUAAUAUAAUACCAGAACAACAGACAAUAACAAUCACAGAUUUGACGCCAGGAGCGUGGUACAGCUUGCUGAUGACAGCCAGGAAUGACGCAGGAUCGACGGAUGCAGAAUAUGUCUUCGCUACAUUAACAUUGACUGGAGAAUACCCACCUCGACCAUCUGAAGUGAGUGAUGUAAACGGCGCCUUCUAUCGUCACUUAACAAUAACAGUUCCUGUGGUCAGUUCAACAAUAGUAUUGGUCGCAGUACUCUGUGUGGUUUGCAUAAUAACAAGAAGGAGAACUUCCAGUAGAAAUCCCCGAGUACCAGAUGGAACCGAUAACAGAGAACCAGUUAAACCAGACGGAAUGCCUUUAUCUGUUACAUAUGACAGCAGCCAAGAACCUACAUAUUAUCCGUCCCCAUAUGCGACCAGUAGUGCUCCAGGAUUCAGCAGAGAACACUGUGUCCAGUCGAGCCAUCAACAGCAAAACAUGGGCACUUUUGGCAGCGGGAGAUGCGGAUAUGCAUAUGACAUACCAUAUCCACAAAGAAGAGAAGAAAAAUUCGAAGGCAAUUAUGAAUCCUCCAUAGUAUAUCUUCCAGCAUAUCAUCGAACAGGAUCUCAACUGAGGAACCACCAAGAGCAAGCAAUUUACGAAAUUCCGGAUUUGGGAAGGAGGAAACAGGAUUCAUCCAUAUCCUGGAGAGAAACGGGAGACGGGAAUUCGAGCAUAGACUCCGACGAUAAUGAAGACGAUCUUAUACUUUCCUCUAAAGACAGAAUGUAUCGUGAAGAAGCAAGGGAGUCGGAAACAGAAUGCGACAGACUUUGGAAAAAUUUCGAAUGCAGUCAAUAUGAAGAGAGCAAAAGAUGGUCUUCAGAUAGAGAAAGAGUAGUUUUAACUUAGAAGAAAUGAGACCAUUCCAUUAAAGGAAGAAUUUUCCAUAAGCUGUCAGUGAUCCAGAUGAAGUUUUUUAAUUGGAAAUCGGUGCUAAUGAAUGAAUGUAAAUUAACUGAGAGGAAAAUUGAGUUUUGUGUGUACAUAUACAAUAUUAUUUGUACAUAAUUUUUGUGAAUA